AAAUUCCAGUGACGUCACACCAAAAUUUCCGCUUUAGGUUAACAGAAACGGCACGAGGCAGGAUGCGCGGAAUGCGUGCGUUCGGAAGCUCCGGGUUUUUUUUUUUUUUUAAAGCAUGCGUUAUUUUGAUAUACAGCUAACGUUAUUUAUUUAUUUAUUUUGCAAAUAACAACACAACUUUGUAACAGUUCCCCUGUCUUGAUGGUUUUAAACGAGACAUUUUAUUCUAGGUGACAUUUUAAAAUAAAAUCCCCUUGUAUGCAAAGGGCAUUGUUUUUCUGUUAAGCAGGUAGAUUAGGCGUGUCAGACAGCCCUCUGAAGACGGUCUUUGGCACUGCACCUUUUCUUCCCUCUCUUCAUAUGAGGAAGUGAAAGAAAUGCACAUAUAUGGUCGCUGUGUGUUGUCGAACGUCGCCAUUUCAGCAUGUUCAAUUGCACCAACACAGCAGCCGCUUUGCGAUGAUCUUGCGCGCUUUGAGUCUCCACGAACAGCUUUACUGAGUGCUAGUAUAUGAUACAUGGACCUGCCCAGCUGCUUUCCGCCCACUUUCGUUUAUGAUGACUGUCUGGAGACCUGGGAGCAGAUUGGCUGUGGUGGAUUUGGAGAGAUCCAUAGGGCAAGACAUAAAAAAUGGGGACUGGAUGUUGCCAUAAAGUUAUUACAUGAUAGCACCGGCUGUCUCCUCCGAGAGGCAGACUUGAUGCGUCAUGGUGGGAACCCCAACGUGUUGAGAAUUCUGGGUGUUUACAAAAGUCAAGCUCAAGGAGACAGGUCUGCCAUUAAAGUGGGUUUAGUCAUGGAAUACAUGGAGAGAGGAUCUCUGGCAGACCUCCAGGAGGUUUUAAAAGGACCCCCACUAUGGCCGCUUGCCUUCCGAAUUAUUAACCAGAUUGCCCUGGGAAUGAACUUUCUCCACCAGCUGAAUCCACCUAUUCUGCACCUGGACCUGAAACCCAGCAAUGUGCUACUUGAUGACAGUCUCAAUGCCAAGCUCACAGAUUUUGGUCUGGCCAAAAUAGCUAAAAGUUUUUCCAAAGUAUCAGAAGAGAAAGAUGAGGAGGCUGCUGGGACCACAAGCUACAUGCCCCCAGAGGCAUUUCUGUCAACACCAUAUGUUCCUAAUUUUUCCUCUGAUGUUUACAGCUACGGCAUACUGUUGUGGUCAGUUAUCACUGGAAAGCAGCCAUACCCCUCUCAAAUCUCUAGUUAUUUGCGGUUUCGUGUCCGUGAAGGUGACAGGCCUGAUCUGACAUCUCUAGACAUCAGUCAGGCAGAUGGACUCAGCAAUGUGAUUGAGCUGAUGAAGCGCUGUUGGAACCCUGAGCCCAACAUGAGACCCAACUUUAUUGAUUGUACUGAGGUCACAAAGAAUGUGUACGGGUUACACAGACAACAUGUUCCUGAUGCUGUUCACACCAUUCUAAAACAGCUGGACAGUAAAGACAAAAGCAGUUCCAGUUCUGCCCCACUCUGGAAAUCUCAGACAAAGAAUGUGGGACUGAAACAACAUACUGAGCCUACUAUGAAGACUCAGGCAACUCCUACGCAGGAAACUGGACCCAGCUCUAUACCCAACGGAGCAGGAAUGUACUGUAGGCCAGCUACAAGAGCUCCAACCCCCAGCUGUAAGCCUCCAAAUAUGCAGCGGCAAUUCUCAACUCCAAGUAAUGUGAGCAUCUGUUUAUCCAAUGUCACAGGAGUACAGAUUGGCAAUAACAACAACAUGCAUGUAAAUAUAUCAGCAGGGAGACACCGCCAGAGACACCCAACAGCACCCCCAGCUACACGUCAGCCUUCCAAACGUCAUCAGAAUCCCCCCAAUAUCAAACCUUAACCUUGGCUGUUGUGUUGAUUUUUUUUGGCUGUCUUGUAUAUUACACAGAUCCUGAAACUCAGUAAAAUCUCGAAGUCCUUCAUUCAGAAGGCAAUUGCAAUUGUUGUCAAAUAAUUAUAGAGACAAAUUCUAUAUUUUACUUUCUACCUAUUGCUUGUUCUUUAACUCAGUUUCUUUUUUUACUUUGGUCUGUGUGGUUUGUCUAAUAUAAAAAUGCAUGUUGUAGUUGGAUGUUCCAUGUUCCAUGUCUCUGUUAUAUGUUUUAAGGUUUAUAUGUCCAUAAAACCUAUAACUUCGUAUAAGAGUGUCAUUGUUUGUGUGGUGCCCUGUGAUGAAUUGGCAUCUCAUCCAGGAUGUGUUCCUGCCUAGUGUGUUACUUUGGAAUAAGUUGUGUUCAUAGCAACCAAGACUGUUUUUUUUUUUUUUUUUUUAAAUUAUACCAUGGUACUGCUGCUA